AUGCGGGUCGCUGCUGCUCAGAUUGUUUCGUUUCUAUUCGGUGCCGUGGCUGCUGUUGAUCCCUUAGUGGACUUAACAUAUGCCAGAUACCAAGGCCAAACAUUGCAAAAUGGUGUCAACCAAUGGCUCUCCGUCCGUUUCGCCGCACCACCCACGGGCACCCGAAGAUUCUCUGCUCCACAGCCCCCUCUGGCCGAGAACUCAACUCAAGACGCAACCAAAGAAGGGGCCCUCUGCGUCUCAGCCAACAACCAAGAAGGUCUGCAAUUUGGCUCCCCACGCCAACGCAUGGCAGAAGAUUGUCUCUUCCUCGGUAUCUACGCGCCUCUCAACGCAACUAUCGAUUCCAAACUCCCCAUCAUGUUUUUCAUUCAGGGGGGUGGCUUCUCGUCGAAUUCGAAUGCGAAUUUCAAUGGGACGGGAUUGGUCCAGGCUUCGGGGAUGAAUAUGAUGGUUGUGAGGAUUAAUUACAGAGUUGGGAUAUUGGGGUUCAUUGCGGGGACGUUGGUAGAUAGUGAUGUGAAGGGGGCAGUUCCGAAUAACGGGCUUAACGAUAUUGUUGCGGCUGCUACCUGGGUCAAGCAGCAUGCUACUAAAUUCGGAGGAAAUCCCGACCACAUUGUGAUAAGUGGAGACAGCUCAGGUGGCAAUGCAAUUGAUAUCCUACUUACUGCCAACAAUGGCGCCGGCUUCCCUGACCUCUUCGUUGGCGCCGCAGUGGAAAGUACGGGCUGGGGGAGUGACCCUCACGCCGUUGAUCGUGACUCCUCGCUUGCUAAGAACAUCAACUCGACCGGCUGUCUCAACACAAUUGAUCCCAUUGAUUGCAUGCGCAUGAUGCCGAUCGCCGAAUUCCAGAACAAGACGGCCAAAGAUGGGUGGGGGCCUACUAUUGACGGAAAGAUGCUUGUGGCUCCUCAUUAUCAGAUGAUGGAGCAAGGGAAGUUUCAGAAGAUACCUGUGAUUUAUGGGAGCACCAGUAAUGAGGCAACCCCAGACUUCAUCUCCAACCAAUCUGCCACCACCGAUGCUGACCUCGAAAAGCACAUGCGCAAUGCCAUUGGCCCCUCCACAACGCCCACUGAAAUCCAAGCCAUGCUUUCCGCCUACCCCCCAUCUCUCAACAACAUCUCCUUUUUCGGCCGCUCCGUCUCCCCAAUUGCAACCAACACCACCCUGCGCAAAGGCAGCGGUCCGCAAUGGCAGCGCGAUGCCGCCAUAUUUACAGAACUCAAGAUAUCCUGCGUCGCCGCCUUCUUCUCAGACAUGUACGCGUCCGCCAAUGUCGCGGGGAUGGGGAAUUACCACUACCGGUACAACGUCCUUGACUCCGUUCUCGCCGCCCAGGGACUCUUCACGCCUCACACAAGUGAGCUGUACGCGAUCUGGGGAAGGAACAAUACCGAUGGUGGCGACCCGAAAUGUUUCUCUACUCCUGCUGCGAGCGGUGGGUGUAUGGAAGCUAUUGAUAUUGUGCAAAGUUACUGGAUUUCGUUCGUGAGGAGCCUCGAUCCGAAUACGUUUCGAGCGGCUGGGGCGCCGGUUUGGGAAACUUGGAGUGUGGAGACCCCGAACAGGAUUGUGUUUGAUAAUGGAGCGGCGAGUAUGGAGGUUAUGGGGAAGGGGCAGGGGGAGGUGGUGCUUGCGGGAAUGGAUCAGAGAGCUAGGUGUUUGGGGUUGGUGCUGCCGUUGAGUAAGCGGGUGAACGUGGGGUUGAAGGAGGGAGAGAGUUUACCCCCGUUUGCGAAUGGGACGAGAGUUGAUCCCACGUUGGGGGUUGUGAUGGGAAAUGUGUCGUUCACAACGCGCGGUGGGAAUGGGAUGGCUACGAAUGGGAUGACUGCGCAUGGGAUGGCUCCGAAUGAGAUGGCUACGAAUAGCACUGUGAGGGGAACUGCAACGAGUACGGCUCCGCAGGCGACGUUUACAGGAGCUGCUGGAAGGUUCGAAGUCGAGCAGGGCGUAGUCAAUGUCCUAGUCCUGGCUGGCAUUAUCUCCAUGCUCAUACUGUAA